UAUUAGUUAACCUUCUUGAACUCUAAAUAAAUUUCUUUACAUUUAUUAUGAAAGUAAAUGUUUCGUCACAAUUAUAAUUAUAUAUAUUUAAAUAUAAUAAUAAAUAAAUAUAAAAUCGAAAGAUACGAAAUAAAUAUCAAAUAAAAUUAACGUGUCGGUGGAGUUUGAUAGUACAAAUUGCACUGUAAAAAUGUCUAUGUUACGUGUCGUGUUAUUCAAGUGCCACAAUAAUUUUUCAACUAUUUCAAGGUAUCCUCUACGGAAAUAUGUUCUACAAGGAAAGAGUGAAAAUAUGUGGAAAAUAGCAAAACAAGAAUUUACAAAAGUCACUCAACAAAGUAUCAAAGAAAAUGUGAAUGAUUCCAAACUUAUUUCACAUAUAUUUAAGUUUGGCUUUAGUGGACUUGGAGUAACGACAGCUUAUCUUUUACAAUCACAUAAUCAAAUAGUGAUCUGUAGAGAAACUAACAUAAUAAGUGAUAUAAAGCCUGAAAAUUCUAUAUCAUCCUUCGAAUGGAAGAAAUUUUGGAAAUAUUUAUAUCCACAUAUUUGGUAUUUAGUGAUAGCACUAUCAAGUGCAAUAAUAGUUGCACUGUUAAAUAUUCAAAUUCCACAAUCUGUUGGAGGUAUCAUAAAUGUGUUGACAAGAAUUUGUCAGAGUAAAAAUGAGUCCAUUAAAAAUGUUAUUUUGCAACUUGCUCAACCUGCUUUUGUUUUGUCACGCAUGUACAUUGCACAGGCAUUUUUUACAUUUAUAUAUAUUUAUACACUUUCACACAUUGGUGAAAGAGUUGCAGUGAGUUUACGUCAGGAUCUGUUCAAGUCCAUUAUUAUGCAGGACGUGUCAUUCUUUGAUAAAACACGUUCUGGUGAAAUAGUAAGUCGAUUGACCAGUGAUAUUCAAGACUUCAAAAGCUCAUUUAAACUCUGCUUUUCUCAAGGCUUGAGAAGUUUCACGCAAAUUAUCGGUUGUAUCAUCUCUGUAAUAGCACUAUCACCACAAUUGGCCACUUUUGUGGUAUUCAAUUUGCCAACGAUAAUUCUUGUUGGUGCUCUACUCGGUCGAAGUUUGCGAAGGUUAUCGAUGGAGGCACAGAAUCAAGUUGCAAAAUCGACUGCUGUUUGCGACGAGGCUAUACAAAACAUUCGAACGGUAAGAGCUUUUGCCGCGGAAGAGAAAGAGUUGGAAAUGUUUUGCAAGGAAGUCGAGCAUUCGGCUGAACUCUAUGAGAAAUUGGGUUUAGGCAUAGGCUUCUUUCAAGCAGGAACAAACUUAUUGGUCAACGGUAUUUUACUUUCUACGUUGUAUUUUGGCGGUCAGUUACUCUCCACAGGAUCUUUGACUUCGGGAGAUCUCAUGGCAUUUUUGAUGGCUACGCAAACCAUACAGAAGUCUUUGAGCCAGUUGUCGGUACUUUUUGGAAUUUACGUGAGGGGAAUCAGCGCAGGUUCCAGAAUUUUUCAAUACUUGGAUAUGCCACCUUCGCCAAUGAUGACUGGAGGCGACAUAAUCACAGAUCAAUCCUUGGCAGGGAAUAUAAUAUUUAAAAAUGUAAAAUUCAGCUAUCCUACUAGACCUGAUCAUAUUAUCCUGAAGAACUUUAAUUUACACAUUCCUGCUGGGAAAACGGUGGCUAUUGUCGGUACCAGUGGUAAUGGUAAAUCGACUGUAGCUGCAUUACUGGAGAGAUUCUACGAUGUGGAUGAGGGUUCUAUUACUAUUGACGGUCGAGAUAUCAGAUCGCUUAAUUCGAGCUACCUCAGAAGCAGCAUUUUGGGCUUUAUAAAUCAAGAACCUACUUUAUUCGCUACCAGCAUUAUGGAAAACAUUAGGUAUGGGAAGCAAGACGCGACGGAUGAAGAGGUUAUUGAGGCAGCUAAAGAAGCGAAUGCACAUGACUUUAUAACAAAGUUCCCGGAUGGAUACGCGACUGAGGUUGGCGAAAGAGGCGCACAGCUCUCAGGUGGACAAAAGCAACGAGUUGCUAUUGCCAGAGCUCUAUUAAAACAGCCAUCUAUUUUAAUUCUCGACGAAGCUACAAGUGCAUUAGAUUAUGAGAGCGAGAGGGUCGUCCAAAAAGCGAUUGAAAACGUUGCAAAAGGUAGAACAGUGUUAGUGAUCGCUCAUAGAUUGAGCACCAUUAAGGGUGCUGAUAUAAUCGUCGUGUUACAACGCGGCGUAAUUGUGGAGAUGGGUUCACACUCAGACCUAAUUGGUCGAAAAGGCGUUUAUUAUACGCUCAUUAACGAGCAAGAAAAAGAAAAUAUGUAAUAGUAGUAACAAUUAGAAUUUUAAAUUGCUUUUGAUACAGCUGUGAUCAAUAUAGGUAUCAUUGGUUUUUAAUUUCCUUGGGUUUCGUAGUAUAAUUCUUUUCUUCCUCUCUUAUUUAUUUUUACAUAUGUAGAAAAUAAUCUUAUCAUUUAGUAAUGUAACUGCUCAGAACUACCUCGGAGAUGAGAACAACAAGCUUUCGGAGUAUAAUUCUAAUAAAUUAUUAUUUUAUCUACAUAUCUCUAUGGUGUAAUCUUUAUAUUGCGUUUAUCCCUUGCGGUAAUAUAUUUAUAUAUCUUGGCAAAAUAUUAUUUUACCUUACAUAUAUGUGCAGUGUCGAUUCGUAACUGAUGCCCCGUCUCACUUCACAAAAAAAGUGCGUGGCAAUACUUCCAUGUUGUCCUCUCGCUACUACGAUCUGUGUCGAAAAGGCUAACGAUGGGUAUUAUACUCAUGAUAUU